AUGGAGAGGAGAGUGUUAACAGUCCCUACUCAGUUAUUAAGCAGGCCAGAGCGAGCUAUGGUACACUCAGUAAUUGCUCCCUACAUUUUUAUCAGAACACGGAUGACGGACGUGGAGGAAGCAUUGAUGGACGAGUCGCUGACCCUGAUGUGCGGUACCUUCGUUGCCUUGCGGACAAGCAGACCGCCCCCAAUACCCCUCAGGCACAUCUCCAGCUACAUGACCAUGUCCUACAAUUUCAGCCAGGAACUGCUCAGGACUGCCGAGGCAAUGCAAGAAUUUACUAAAUCUUCGGAAAUGGAGCUAUACUUUAUAGAUGCUUUGAAAAAUGAAAUUUAUAGAUGCCCUCGGUCACCUAGAGAAAAUAGGCAGUUAGUUCGUCAUAAAAUAGGUCCUGGAACAACAUUGGCUGCCUACGUUGCUUACACUAAGAGAUAUAUAUUUGUUAACGAUUUAAUUAAUGAUGGAGACUAUCCCAUGGGCCUCAAUAGGAAAGAAUCAGUGGCUCAGCGUACCAUGUGCAUACCCGUUAUCACACCAAGCCAUGAAUUGGUGGCGGUAGUACAGUUGUCGCGAGAUGCUCAAACGAAACCUUACAGUUUAAAGGAUCUUGAAUUAUGUUUGAACACCUGCCAUUGGAUCGGGACCACAUCAGAGCAUUCACACAAACAUUUAGGUCUGAGGAAAAAAGUUGCCAUGUAUGAUUAUUUCUACAAUCUUCUCAAUGCCUUUUUGUUCGAGCACAUACCUUUUAGACAGUACAUAUCAGAGUUAUUAUGUUACGGUGCGAAAAUAAUGAAUGCUCAAUGUAGCAUAUUUUAUAUGGUAUCGGGAACCGGGCACAAUUAUGAUGCCCACCAUGACAUCAACUACGAUAUGUACAUGAAUUUAGAAAAGUUUAUCCAUUUUAAGAAAAUGACUUUCGGCCAUGAAAUAAAGACUGUGGCAUCGGAAACACGGAGACAAAACAAAAUGCUGAAUCUCGGUAAAGAAGAACUUUUCAUGAAUUAUAACUUGGAUAUUUAUAAUCCCGUCGUGGUGACCUCGAGUUUGGCAGCAACUUCGCAAGGAUAUGCAGCCUACAGAGGAGUCGCCGAAAUGAUCAAUAAGCAGGAUAAUGUCAAGUUUUGUGCUGAAGACGAGGAAAUAUUUAAAAACAUUCUUCUACAUGCUGACUAUGUCCUCUCAUGUCACAAACUUUCUGAAGAAAUACGUAAACUAGAAGCUUGUUUGAAAACUAGAAAUGAGACACUUGAAUUGCUUUUUGAACCCUGUCGGCAUGACAAGAUCAAUUAUAAAAAUAUCCAAGUUGAAAAGGAUCCAGAAUUGUAUUCAGUGAACUAUGCUCCAGGUACCGUAUGCUACCUGACACUUUGCAAGAUCAUCGACUUGAUGUUCGAGGACAUUUUGCACAGGUGGAAACUAAUUGAACCAGAAGACCGGGCUAGAUUCUUAUUGAUGGUUCAAAAGGUAUCUACCGAUUCAGAACCUUUGGAUUUCUUGAAGAUAUUUUGUUCUGUCCAUUGUGUGGCGACUAUUAUCAAAAGGUGUCCUAACGUUUUCACGGAUGUAGAGAAAGAGUUGCUUUUGUACAGCGCCCUCUGCCACCAGAUCAACGUUUCGGGAACUGAUCAAGAACUCUCCGAGGACUUGGAUAUCUUUCCAGAUAAAGUUGGACACGAAUAUAGUUCUAGCUUCUUCUACACCAAACUUAUUUUUAAAAACUGUCAAAUAUUUAGUGAUGAAGAGGAGUCGACACAAAUGCUCGAUAAAAUGUCCAAACUGAUGGAAGCAUGCUAUUAUGAAAUGGUGGAAGGCAAGCUAGAAAAAAUACUUGUGUUACUUGCUAACAAGAAGUUUAAUUUGGAGAAGCCGAGGCACAAGCAUUUAGUGCGUAUUUGUGUGAUGGUUGUGGCUGGUUUUGCAGUGCAUUUUAAACCUUUUUCAGUCUCUGUUGAAUAUCAGAUAAAAAAGACACUCGGAUCCUCAAACUGUUUUAAGGAGAAUCAAUGCGACCCAUCCAAGAAAUUCGAAUCUUUUGACCGUGUGGAGUUAGCUUUAACGCAAACUAGAUUUCUGGACACAAUAGUCCUUCCUUGGGCAAUUAUUUUAAGAACCAUACUUCCACCUACGACUCCAAUGAUAUUCAGAUUAGUGGAAGAGCGUGAGAACUGGAACGAAAUCACAAAGAGCGACAUCUGCAGGGACUUCUGGAUCCCGCUCAAAAUCGAGCCGGUCCAAGGGAGGAACAACGACAUCAUAUCCUUCUUAGAGAGCAACGCUAAGCGCUGUCAAGGACCCGACGAUUCUUCGGAACAUGUCAUCGAUUAUGAGAGGGCUCUUGAAGGGAGCCAAGAUAAGAACGAAACCCUCGAGGAUGCAAGCUUAUACAGUGGAAGUUUUAAUGGCUGGUAUAAGUUCAAGAAGACGUGA